AUGAUUGGUGCUACAUUAUCUGAUCUUCGAGCAUUGGUCAUUUCUUUGCAAGAGGAAAUAAACGCUCUCAAGUCUACUCGCACUGACACAGCCCAGAUAUCACCUUCUGUCGACUAUGAAGAUAUAAUUCAAGAAAUAAACGACAUACAGUCUAGGAAGAAAAAAUUAAUUAUCUUUGGGGUUCAAGAGAGUGCAGAUCAGUCCAACGCGCAAAAGAGGGCUCAUGACACUGAACAAGUCAAAAAGAUUCUACAGGUCUUGGAUCGUGAUGUUAAUGCCGAUAGUAUUAAGCCGAUUAGACUAGGAUCUAUCAAAGCUGGUAUAAUGAGGCCCAUGAAAAUAACACUUGGGGAUGAAGAUGAUGUUCGUGCUUGUAUUAAGUCAGCUAGCAACUUAAAGAGGAGCAAUGUUUUCUCCAGGACUAGUAUCUCAUUUGAUCGUACACCUCGACAGAUCUUGCAUUAUAAAAAACUGAAACAGGAGAUGGAAGAACGCUCUGCAAGAGGUGAAGACGGCUCAAAGAUCAAGUACGCUCGUGGUGUCCCUAGAAUCGUUUCGGAAAACUAG